GAUCAAACGCCAUGUUUGUAUACCUUUUUCUUUCUUUCUUUUUUGGAUUGUGAUAAACGUCAACAGCACACGUUCCAUCGGACUCGCAGAUUUUUCCGAUUUUUUAUCAAUUUAUACUAUCUUGAGAUGCCACAAGAAAUAAAGGAAGUGAAGGAUUUCCUCAUCAAGGCUCGUCGGAAGGAUGCCCGUGCCGUUAAGAUAAAGAAGAACGACAACAAUACCAAGUUCAAGAUCCGCUGCUCCCGGUAUCUGUACACGCUAGUGGUCCACGACAAAGAGAAGGCCGACAAAUUGAAACAAUCGUUACCGCCUGGUCUGCAAGUCAAGGAAGUGAAGUGAUUGUCCUAUUUUGAAAUGGUGUAAAGUGGGAAAAAUGAAAAUCAUCGUCAGUUGGUUCCAAUAAAUUCUCGGUUAAUGAUUGCCGAAAAUAUUUAACUAAACAA